AUGCCGGAAUCUGUGGCGUACCAAGAAAGCGGAGCCGGAGAACGUCUGUCCAGCAAUCGGUUUGGAACCGAACAAGGCUCGCUCACUGGUCUAGAAGCCACCGGAUUUGAUUUACACGCGUUCGAACGAUCCGUCAAAAGCGAUUUCGUGGAUAAACCUCGAGCAAGAGGAUGGAUACACUUCUACUCCGCCAUCAUCAGCUUGAUGAGCGGCCUUGCGAUGACUAUUGUCGUUGCUCUACAUGGUCGUGCUGAGGCGAUUUUAGCUUCGAUUGUCUAUGUCCUAAGUUUGGUUGCAAUGUUCGGAACCAGUGCUGCGUACCACAUAAUUCAUUGGAAGACUGCCCCGCAACGGUUGCUGAUGCGGCGUUUGGAUCAUUCGGGUAUCUUUGUGUUCAUAGCUGGUAGUUACACUUUCUUUGCGACGCUGUGUAUGGAUGGAGUACCCCGAGUGGUGAUCCUGUCGAUAACGUGGUCGGGUGCGGUGCUUGGUGCAACAUUAUCCCUGUUAUGGCCGCACCAUCCGCGAUAUGUGGGUGUACCCAUUUACGUGGGUCUAGGUUGGAUCAUUAUCUUUGUGGCCAAAAGACUCAUAAAUGUGGUCGGAGUCACCGUGGUCAUCCUCCUCACACUCGGAGGUGUCUUUUACACCGUUGGCGCUCUAUGUUACGCAUUCAGUUACCCCAACCCAGCGCCCAACAUUUUUGGAUACCACGAAGUAUUUCACGCCUUCGUCUCCCUCGCCGCUCUGAUCCAUCACAUUGCGGCCUGGAUCGUUUUAUUGCACUAA